AUGUAUAGGGCAUUCCAGCCUGAAUUUGCUCUCUUCCCUGAGCCUAUCAACCCCCUUGAAUGGGUUCAGGCCAUCGACAACCAUAUCAAGGUAUCUUUCCCUGGGGAAGUGCUGCUCCGUGGAGUCAAGCGACUGAGGGACCAUUUCGAUGAGGGAGCUGAACUGAGAUCCACGAGACAAAGGUGUCUUCAAGAAAGUAGUCAAAGUCAAUUUAGGUCGCUACUGGAUAUGCGAAACGAAGUCUCUUCGAAUACCGUGAAUAAUCACUCUGGCAGAGUAGAGCAAUCACGCCAGAUAAGCGCCACUGAGGCCGGCGAGAACAGAGCCGCCCAAGAAGACAGCAUGGAUGUAUCCACAGGCAAUACUACACCAAGUGAGCCGCCCCAACAGAGUGGAGAAGAAGGCAGUGUGCAUAUAUUCACAGGCAAUACUACACAAAACGAGCUAUCCCCAGAAAUCGAAGGCAAUAGAGCAACCGGAGAUGAUAGUAUACAUACAUCCACAGACAACACUGCACUAGGCGAGCCGUCCCCAGGAAUCGGUCAGACCGAGGAGGAUAGAGCAACCGAAGAAGACAGCGUGUAUUCAUCCACAGGCAACACUACACUAGGCGAGCCGUCCCCAGGAAUCGGUCAGACCGAGGAGGAUAGAGCAACCGAAGAAGACAGCGUGUAUUCAUCCACAGAUAAUAAUACACCAGGCGAGCUGUCCUCAGAAAUCGAUCUGAUGGACGGGCUUACUACUGCUGCUGGGGCAGACUUUGACCGCCUCUUUCAAGAGUUGAACGCCGGCACCAGUGAUCAGGGACCAGGCUUCAGGCCACAGCCAAAUCUGCGCGACAUGAUGUCAACUAUGACUAAUAGCGAAGCCUCAACCAGGUCAAGUGUAUCUAAUGCUGGUAGCGCCGCCAGCUCGAGGGACCUCCUAGAUAUGCUGCAGGAUCAAUCUAACCCUGGAUUUCCCCAAUGGCCAGCCGCCCCAAUGAGAUCGGACCUUGAGCUGAAUAGAAAUCAGACACUCGCAACUCAGUCUUCCUUGGACAUGGCCGAUUGUGAUAUGAUAGCAAACAGUUGGCCCAUGAGGAGUCUUGAUCAGGCCAUUGCUGACUUUCUGGUGACUGAGUCUAUACCGAGACCAGAAAACCCGACCAGCAAUAUCAAUAUGACUUCGGAAGAAACCAACAAUAUAAACGGGAGUACAAGCCUACAAGACACCCUUGUACAGCAAUGGCCAGAUAAAAAUUAUAUUCUGUUUUAUGGUACCUUAUUAACACGUACAAACGUGGAGCAGGUCCUAUAUGAGUUGCAGAAGUCUCCAUCACUUUCAGUCUUUACAGUGGAUGUACUUGGUGACCGUCUUUCCUACCAUCAUAGCCCACCGGAGCUACAUAUUGCCGAUGCUACUUGGUUUGACUGUCUGCACCGUGGUAUACUUCGGUUAAACCCAAUACCGCAGACUCUACUGUUGCCUACACGAACAUAUAAUUACUGGUCAUUGAUUGAAAUCCAUAUCUACUCGGGGACAGUAAUUCACUAUCUCUUCCCUGAAAACAGGUCAGAAGUACAAGAUAGUAGCCACUUUCCUCAUCGGCCUGCCUGUCGUUUCUGCCAAGCGGCUAUCAAAGCAUUGUCCCAUUACCUUGAAGAUAUUGGCCAGCCAUGUCCAGAAUGGCAGGUAGACAGCAUGCUACUUAGCUCUAUACCAGGGGACAAUGGUAUAGGUCUUAUCUGGACAAUGACUCAACGUGCCAACGGCCAAGAUGUCCAAAACGGACCACCUGAGACUUUUCGGGCACAUCUCGCCCAUGAUAUUGUGAUGGAGGCGCUCCAGACAGCGACUGACGCACCUUCGCCGCCGCCCCCCCAGCCGCCCCCGGGGUUGUCGCCAAAGUCGUCAUUAUCGUUGUCAUUAUCGUCCCCAGUACUAGCCAGCGAACAGCAGACCAACUCAUUGGAGAGGGCACAUUGCCGGUGGUCUAAUGUCAUGAUUCGCAGUGGUGACCCUAUCAAUUUAACUGGUUUAUGGAACCGAGUAUCCCAGAUGUCCCUGGAUUCUAAUACAUCUAUCGGCCCAAGGCAGGCUGAUCGGCUAUUACAGCUAGCACUCACCAUUGCCUCUCCGCCUAUUUUAGUGGAAGUGAAGCGCCAGCUAGAACAUCUACGCCGGGAACAAAGUAAUGCCACUCGGCGCUUUCAGCGCAGUGCUGCUGGAGUUUUCGCAGCUGGUAUCUGGCAUAAAAACAAUGAGCAAACCUCCCGUAUUGGACUUGUAUUGACUUAUUGUGAUCCAAUUGCCCAACUGGCCACCGAUAUAUAUAAUCAACUUCCAGAUACCGCCCGCGACUACAGCGAGGUCGAGGAGAAAGUAAGAGACUGGUGCAAACGCGCAUGGCCUUGGAAUCAACUAGUACGCAUUGCUGGCUCACCAAAUGUGCUCUGCUUUCUACCUCAAGGCAUAACCUACUUUCCCGGUGAAGAUGCACCGUCCAUGACCGAAUACCGGUGCAUCAAAAAGCACUGCUUCAAAGCUAUAGAGAUGGUACUUCGAGAGUGUCGGCCGCAGUUACUAAAGUUCAUCCCUCAGAACUUCUUUGAAAUCUUUCUCUAUAAUCAGCUUCCAGAGACUCAAUACGCAAUUGAACAGUGGACAGAGGAGGAAAUUCUAGCAGAACCGCUAGACUCGGACAAAUUUGAUCACGCCUUCGAUCUAGUUUUGGAUACAAACAUAGACAGCAAUUAA